UGGAAAUCGCAGACAAAACGAUUUUGGGCGGGUCAGCACUCAGCAGGUGCGUUUCCGCCUAAGACUGACAAAGUCUUCUUUUCAAGCAAAAAUACAAAUUCAAAUUAUUUUUAUUAUUUUGUGUUUAAUUUUUACAUGCCGUUAUUUCCGAUACGCUGAACUCGUGACUUUUUGUUGAUAGUUAUUAUUAUUUUUAACGAGUCAUUGAUUAAGCUUUUUUUGGUAUUUUGGUCUGAUCGACGAUACGAAAAUGAACUACGGCAGUAAAACGACGUUCAUUGGCUUUGACACGGACAAACGCAAAUUGCCACUGUCCAAGAGGUUCGUGUUGUAUGCCUACGACAAAGAUACCGGAGAGAUAUUUGGUCGCACACCGUCCAGUUGGGCCAAAAUUGGAUUAUAUUAUACUGCAUUUUAUUUAUCGCUUGUUGCUAUGUUUGGAGUAGUUUUGUGGUUUUUCUUUCAAACUCUUGAUCCACGUACUCCAACUAGACUUCUUGAACAUUCACUAAUUGGAACAAAUCCAGGUUUGGGAUUUAGACCUAUGUCUAACGAAACUCAUAGCACUUUAAUUCAUAUAAAUAGUAAAUCUGUUCAAGAUUAUUCAAUAUGGACUGAAAGACUUGUUAAAUUUUUAGAUGUGUACAAGAAACCAGGUUUAACACCAGGAAGAGGUCAAAAUAUUGCAACUUGUGACUAUGAUAAACCACCUGGUAAAGGAAAGGUCUGUGAUAUUGAUGUAAAAGCAUUCAACUCUUGCACAGAAGAAAAUCGAUUCAAUUUUCAUCGUCAAGGACCUUGUAUUUUUCUCAAACUAAAUAAAAUUUAUGGUUGGAAUCCUAUAUUUUAUGAUGAUCCAAAUGACUUACCUCAUGAUAUGCCAAAAAGUUUAAAAGAUCACAUCAAAGAAAUAACUAAUCCAGAAAAGUUGAGAACUGUAUGGGUAUCAUGUGAGGGAGAAACUGUGUCUGACAAAGAACUUAUUGGACCAAUGGCAUAUUGGCCCAUUCCUGGAUUUCCUGGUUACUUUUUCCCAUUUGAAAACUCUGAAGGAUACCUUAGCCCUUUGGUGGCAAUUCAUUUUAAAAGUCCAGCAAAAAGCAUUGUUAUCAAUAUUUUAUGCAAAGCAUGGGCAAAAAAUAUCGUUCAUAAAAAAAAUGGUGUCAACAAAGGAUCUGUGCAUUUUGAAUUGAUGAUGGAUUAACAUAACUUCUAAAUUUUAUUAUUUUUAAGCAUGAAUUUUUUUUUAAACAAUGUUAUAUGAUUUGUUUACUUUAAUUCUAAUUUAGACAUAUUGAUUAUUCUCUAGAACGUCAAGGUAACAAAAAAUAUGUAUUUGAAAUUAUUAAGUAUUUAUAUAAUUAUACAUCUGGAUAAUAAUCCUUAAAUAAUAACUCCACUUAUACCAUUAUCGCAUCAAUAAAAUGGUACAAAUUAUUUGUCUAUUACAUUUUUAAUUUACAUAUCAAACUUUGCACAUAUCUAUACUA